AUGAAAAGGGUUGAAGUGGUCGAUCAGAUUCACGAUUACACCUUCCCUUGCCAAGUUCCUGACUAUUUUGGAGUUGAUUUGGAGGAUCGAGUCUCGCGAAAUGAGAACACGCCAAAGGAAAAAUUUCACACCAUCGACAUCUUGACAACACAUAUGGUCAUAGCCGCACGCCUUCUCUUACCUGCGGGCGGCCGAGUGGUCGCAAAACGUUUUGAUCUUGUUCAAUUUGGUGACUAUGAUUAUAAAAAGUUGAUUCGAGAAAUUGAACUCUCACGACUUAUAAAACAUCGUCAUAUUGCUCGCUAUUAUCAAUGUUUUUGGGAAGAAAAUAGCGAAAGAAGGCCAAUUUAUUUCUAUAUAAUUCGUGAAAGACUUGAUUUUUCUUUGGACAAAUAUUACGCACAUAUCUCUAAAGAUGAUGGUUCAAGUGGUGAGCGCAAACGUGAUCACCGGCUACUCUCAGCAUUAUUCGUGCAAAUUUUGAAAGCUCUCCAAUUUCUACAAGAACAUGAUAUCAUUCAUCGAGAUAUUUCCCCAAAAAAUAUUGGUGUCAAUCAAAAUGGUUUUCUUAUAAAGUUGAUCGAUUUUGGAUGCUCGAGAAAGCAAAGUCCGAGUCUUGAACACACACUGCAACCGGGAGCUGAUUAUUUGUAUCAAGCACCAGAAAUGUUAGCUGGAAAGCCAUACGAUACAAAGGUCGAUAUUUGGUCAACAGCUGUCGUUGGAAUCGAAAUGUUAGGUUGUAAAGUGUUGACUCCAACUGGAUGGAGUCCGCAUACGAUUAAAGCUGAUAUGUUGAAAAGGAUUCUGAAAGUUUGUGGAUGGCAGAAAAGUGAUCAAUACGAGCAAGUGUAUGACAAUGUGUUCCACGAUGAACUCGGUUUACGUAAACCGAUGUUGCCACAAUUUGAAAAGGAGAUUCCGACGAAACGGCUGGAGCCAGAUCGGGGACCGUUGACAAAGGAUCACUUCUUGGAUUUGGUUAAAAUAAUGCUCUCUGUCGACCCACGAAAGCGGCCAAACGCCGAGAAAUGUCUCAUGGAGGCAAAAUAUCUCCAGGUGAUGAAUCGCAAAUAUGACGAGGUUCACAAUGUGCCAAGUCCUAGAGAGUCUUUUUUGGAACUGAUCAAGCGACUCCGCGACGAGCCACCAACAAAUCUCCAAAACGACGAGGAAAAAGAAGCGCGAAGU